GUCAGAUUAACGUGUCGCAAACUCCGUUUGGAGAACAGUCCAAGUGGUGCAAACCGUUCGAUCAAGUUACACCGCAGUCACACCAGAUGCCGUUACCCCUAUCCGUACAACACCCAACCGCCUCACCAGUACCACAGAACCAGCAGGGGACAUAAUUGGUUAGUCUACGAAUAUGCCACCGCAGCUUUGACAGAACCUGCAGUGAUAUGUCUGCGAAUUCGCAGCACCCGUGUAAAGAAACGGCAAACAGGCCAUGAUCAACGUUUGAUAAGAACUCGAAGUCUUGAGUGCCUCCCGAGCUCGGCAUAGUAAUGCUGUGUAAGUGGAUUAUAUCUCUACUUAAGGAGCGCUAUGGCUUGCUAGGGUUUGUAAUGUCUCUUGAUGAGGAGACGGAGGAUAUACUCUGAAUAACUGAACCUGAUUCACUCUCUACAGUGGCUUCUACUGCACCAUGGGCAUGCUUGUCCUCUUUUUCGUUAUCCUAGUCGCAGGGGCCUACGUUGCUGUGGCCCAGCAGCAGCCUUUUCAUGCUUCUAGAAAUGCUGUUUUGUCGGUGGAUAUACUUCCCUCGCUUCCAAAGUCUUUCAAUCCUAUUCCAACCACAGUUCUGACUGUGGACUGUCUUUUCUGUUCUUCUACGGACGAUGGGGAGGUUUCUUCUUCCACUUUCGUGGAUACUACGACAUAUACACAGAUAUUCAGCAUUGGGACCGAGUUCCCUGAACCGUCAUUGUCUGUAGAGGCAUCUGGGACGGUAAUCUGCGCACCGCAUUGUCAAACCUUUGUGACUGUUUCUUGGAAGAGUGGUGAAUCGAAGGUUGCCCCUCUUACUCCCGUCCCAGUGGCAACCACUUGCAUCACGAUAUUCAACACCCCUAUUCCUAUUCCCCUUCGCACGACAGAUAUGUGGACUCCAGUCAUUCCAUCACCUUCUCUAUCAACAUCGACGUCGUGCUCGACUACUGACACGGACUUGUCUCCUUGGACGUGGCCUCAACCUGGGCCUUCCAUAUCGACCGAGCUGGUUUCGAGUGGGCUAGGAAUACCUCCAUGGACAUCAGCAGCAACAGAGGAGGCGACGUCUGUUUCAGAAUCGACGUCGGGAGUUACAGUGGUCUAUCCCAGUGGCACAGAGAUAACACCAACGUGGUCAUUCGUGUCUGUUCAGACAUCUCCAGCUACGGAAAUGCCAGCGUCAACGUGGACGUCAACAUCAACACUGACUGAAGAGGUCACUGUCUCGGAACCGUGUACGACAGAGAUCACGGUAACAAUGACCAAAACCUUCUAUGAGACAUGGGAGUCCAAGGCACUUCAGACAAUCACGCUAUCUCGUACAAUAUCGACCACCAUCGAGACAGUGACUGUGGAGGCUUAUUCUACGUCGACAGGAGAGGUUGUGGUCGAAGGUACGAAGACGGAGUUAACAACCGUUGAGGCUGUUAGUUCGGGUGUAGACUGUUCGGAGGCUGGAAAGUGCUGCGCUGCUUGUUCAGCUACAGCUGAGUCUAUCGGCGUUGAGACGGCGACUUCAACUCUCGUGGGAACAUACACGACUGUCGAGGAGUAUGUGUCUUCUGCCGGGGGCUCUUGGGUGCCAGCUGGGUCUCCCUCUGGGGCUGCAGUCGUUCCUGGCACGGAGGGCUCAACUCUCACAACCUCAGAGACACUUACAGAGACGACAACCAUAUCUGGUUCGUACGCUGAGUCGGAGACAGCCGGCCCAACGUCCGUUCAGACUGCGGGAGCCGCCCAUGUGACGGCAGCUGUGGGAAUAGGGGCUAUUUUUGGUCUAAUGGGUUUGUUGGCUUGA